CCAUGCAUUAGCUUAACGUAAUCUAAGCUAUUUCUCUACCUUUCUCUUUCUGUUGAGAUUCUUCCAAUAUAGAAUUCCAAGCAACUAGCACAAAAUCACACACAAACAAAAAAUAGAUAUAUUAGCAAAUGGAGUUACAAGCUAAUUAUGUACCACGAUGGACACCUAGUCCAAAUAGAUCACCACAUAGACGUCAUGAAUCAGAGACAAAUGAAAGUGUUACUUCUGAAGAUGAGAUUCCUUUUAACAACAAAAAUCCAACCAAAAAUUUCCCAUUUAGUAGUACUACUAGUAGUAUACCAGCACCUCAUCAUAUUGGUGAUAUUGACGCACCAUCUUUAAGGGAUAAUUAUGAAAUAAAAAGGUCCUUAGAAGCACCACCAAAAACUAGUGUUCCCCCUAUGAUUAGUAGUACUAAUUCUGCAUAUGAUGAUGUGCCUUUGAGUACAUUGAUGUUUAAUAAAGGUGGUCAUGAAGGAAUUUACUUGACAUGGAAGGACUUGUGUGUGACUGUGCCUGACAAGAAAACUGGGAGGAGAGCUAUAUUGCAAGGGCUUACUGGUUAUGUUCAACCUGGUCAAGUUUUGGCCAUUAUGGGUCCUUCUGGUUGUGGCAAAUCUACUCUUCUAGAUACUUUAGCAGGGAGAUUGGACUCCACCACAAGACAAACUGGCGAAAUCCUCAUCAAUGGUCGGAGGCAAUCACUUGCUUUUGGCACUUCGGCAUAUGUGACACAAGAUGACACGUUAAUGACAACACUAACAGUGAGAGAAGCAAUCUACUAUUCAGCACAACUCCAAUUACCAGAUUCAAUGUCAAGAUCCGAGAAGAAAGAAAGAGCAGAAGCAACAAUAAGAGAAAUGGGCUUACAAGAUGCUAUGAAUACAAGAAUUGGUGGAUGGAGUGUCAAAGGAUUGAGUGGUGGACAAAAGAGAAGAGUCAGUAUUUGCAUUGAAAUCCUAAAACGUCCAAAGCUUCUGUUUCUUGAUGAGCCAACAAGUGGGCUUGAUAGUGCAGCUUCUUAUCAUGUGAUGAAUAGAAUUGUUCAAUUGGCUAAACAAGAUGGAAGGACUGUUGUGGCUUCUAUUCAUCAGCCCAGUAGUGAAGUUUUUGAACUUUUUCACAAUCUUUGCCUUUUGUCCUCUGGUAGGACUGUCUACUUUGGUUCCAUUUCUGGAGCAAAUGAGUAUUUUGCUUUGAAUGGGUUCCCAUGUCCAACUAUGAGGAAUCCAUCAGAUCACUACCUAAGGACAAUCAACAAGGACUUUGACGUUGAUAUCGAAAAAGGAGUUAGUGGAAAAGCCACUGCAACAGAAGCAAUCGACAUUCUGGUUAAGUCGUACAAGACCUCACAGGGUUACCAACAAGUUCAACGAAGAGUUUUGGAAAUUUGCCAACAGAAUGGUGGAGAAGAGGCCAAGAAAGGAAGCCAAGCAGGUUUCAUAACUCAGUGUAUAGUUCUCACAAGGAGGUCUUUUGUGAACAUGUAUCGUGAUCUUGGCUAUUAUUGGCUUCGUUUUGCAAUAUAUAUUGCUUUAUGCUUGUGUGUUGGCACCAUUUUUCAUGACAUUGGCCACGACUAUGGCUCCAUUCAGGCUAGAGGUUCAAUGCUGAUGUUUGUUGCAGCCUUCUUAACAUUUAUGGCCAUUGGUGGAUUCCCUUCUUUUGUGGAGGAUAUGAAAAUUUUCACUCGAGAAAGACUAAAUGGGCACUAUGGUGUGGCUGCAUUUGUGGUGGGAAAUACAUUUUCUUCCAUCCCUUACCUACUAUUGAUCUCAGUAGUACCUGGCGCUUUGGCUUAUUACCUUGUUGGAUUACAAAAGGGGUUCGAUCACUUCGCCUAUUUUGCUCUAAUGCUAUUCGCGACGAUGAUGUUAGUUGAGAGCCUAAUGAUGAUUGUUGCCAGCAUUGUCCCAGAUUUCCUUAUGGGAAUCAUAACAGGAGCUGGAAUUCAAGGUGUUAUGAUGCUUAAUGGAGGUUUCUUCAGAUUGCCUGAUGAUCUUCCUAAGCCAUUCUGGAAGUACCCAAUGUAUUAUAUUGCAUUUCACAAAUAUGCAAAUCAAGGUUUUUACAAGAAUGAGUUCUUGGGACUGAAUUUCCCUAAUGAGCAAAUUAGAGGGCCAUCAAUAAUUAGUGGUGAUGAAAUUUUGAGAAAUGUAUGGCAAGUACAAAUGGGAUAUUCAAAAUGGGUGGAUGUUGCCAUAGUUUUUGGAAUGGUGAUACUCUAUAGGUUCAUGUUUUUGGGAAUAAUUAAGACUGUGGAGAAAGCUAAGCCUAUGAUUAGAGCAUUUAUGGCUCGUUCUUCUAAUAAUCCAACUCAUGCUGAAGAUCCAGAUGCUUGAAGAAAGACUAUAUCAUAGUGUGUUUAUUAUAUUUUGUUGUUGAUGUAAACUGUGCACUAAAGUUUAUUACUAUUAGUCUUGUUCAAGACCAAUGUUUGGUUGAUCUUUUAAUUUACCUACUUUUGCAAGUAUUAGAAGUUGGAAUGACUUGUUUUAAUUUUCCCUACUUGUGUUGCUAAUGUACUAUCCUUUAAUUGAAAAUGUAAGUUAAUUUUGGAGAUAAUCUAAGCUUAAGUUUAUCAGA